AUGGGUAUUUUGUUAAUUUUUGGUUUAUUUAUUUUAGCCUUUUUCGGUUUUUCAAUUCCUAUUAGGGUUGGGGUUUUCGAGUCGGGCCGACGUUCUAGUCAUUUUUCCCGUGCUUUAUUCUUGUCGGUUCGGCCCGAUCGAGUCAAAUUUUUUGACAAAAUUCGAUGCCCUACUCGAUCCUUCGGAUCCGGGCCACCAACCCUAAUUCCUAUGUUUUUCCAUUUUCACCUUCUUGAAAAUAUUGUGGGUUAUGAAGAUACUUGUGGAUUAUUCCAAACCAGUUUUUGCGGACAAAUAAAGUAA